CCACCCCUCCCGCGCGACCGGCGGCGCCGCCAGCGCCCGUAGGCGUUUCGGGGCGCUUAUAAGGCGCGGAGCACGUCCGCCGCGGCGCUGCCAGCCCGUCCCCGCUCCGGCAGGUAACGGGGGCUCGUCCCCCGGGGGGGUGGGGGCGGCGGCGGCCUGGCCUGGGGCGGCCGGUGACCGAGGACCGUUUUUUUCCAGGUCCGCAGCCGCUGCCAUGAUGAACAUGAGCUUCUUCCAGAUGCUGAGAGCGAAAAAAGAACUUAUUCCCCUGGUUGGAGUAGUGUCUUUUGCGGCACUGGGGGCUAUCUCUGUUUCCAUCUAUUCCCUACUCAGCAAAACCGAUGUGAUCAUUAACAAAACUGGCAAUCCAGAACCUUGGGAAGCUAUAGAUCCCACCCAGCCUCAGAAGCUGUUAACAAUCCAUCAGAAAUGGAAGCCUAUAGAAGAACUGGAAAAGGUCAAAAAACUUACGAAGUGACAAGUUUCAGUUGCCUCAAAAAGGUACUCUAUGAAUCUAGUGGAAUCAUUUCUGCACAAACUUGACUACUGAAAUCAGUGUGCGGAAAUGCUUCUGCUACAUUUUUAGGGUCUCCCUACAUUUUUGGAUUCUGGAUAAGGACUUUUUUGUUACCUUAGAAGUUGCCAUACCACAUCCACAUAGUCCAAAAAUCUGCCUCAGGUACUCAUUCUCAGUAGGCAUUUGAUGUCAAAUGUUGACUAUAAAGAUGGUAACAAAACAGUGGAAAAAAAAAUCACACUCUUCAUAGUAUUUUAUUUGACAAACUAAUAUAUUAAUUUUGUAAUUUUAUAUAUUUUUAAUAAAACAUUUAGCUUUUUGUAACAUUCCAUUUAAAUUCAGUAUAAGGAGAUUAUUAAAAAGGUCUUUUAAAGUGAGAUUUAUGGUCUGCUACAUCUUUAUACCAUAUUUCAGUUCUGUAUGCAUAUUGUAUAAUUGUGUACAGACCAAAUAGUCAUUGUAAGAUGACAAAGGAUGUCUGCGUAUGGCAAUGUAUGUAGUCAUAAAAUAUUCUUGUAUAAAGAAACAUUUAAUUUUUAUGUUAGAGGUGAUGAACAACUUGAGAUGAAAUAAAGUUCUACUGAUAAUAAAGAACUUAGAAAUGUGCUUAACUUAACUCACUGAGCAGUCCAAUAUGUUAUUUAAGACCAUAUUUAAGACCACACGAUUAGAACAUAAGACUUCAAUGUGAUUAAAACAGAGUUAGAAAUGGAAAUUUCUAUUGUAUUUAAAUAUUGUUGCUGUUUAAAAUUAAAAAUACUGUUACAGUUAAACAACAUGCAUUAUCUAAAGCUUACUAUAUAAUGGCAAUUUAUUGUACUAAAUAUUUUACAUGCAAGUUUAAACGUACUGCACAGUUACCAACACGCUUUUAAACACUUCCAGAUAGAUGCUGUUAAGGGCAUCUGCUUUCACACAAAGUCAUCAGAGAUUAAAAAUAGCAAUGCCACUAUAAGACACGUUUCUUUUCGAACCAUCUGUGCCUUUUCCUAAAGGUCAGCUAGAGAAGGGAUGUAAUAGGUGUACCUCCAACAAAUUAAUGAGAUAUUUAUGCCUGCAAUUGUAAAAAAGCCCUUUUGUGGACUUUUUUUUUUAAUGUGCUCCCUUCCAAGUAGUUUCACAUAUAUUACAUAGUUUCUACUAUACUGGACACUGAAAACUCAUUACUUGCUGGCAAGAAGAAAGUAAAAUGGGAAUAACUUAAUUUUAAGGAGUCCACCUAGGUGAGUAAUAGUGAAGUACUUUAGAUUACUCUGCUGCAGCAUGGACAAGACUUAAAUUAGUGACACUGUCUCACUAACUUGAAGGUAGUCUGGUUUCAGAGGUUUUACGGUUUUCUCAGGUUACUUGAUAUUGACCAAUAAAGUUAAAAUACUAUUUUUGUCCUGCAUUUCUGUUCAGAUGCAGCAUAAAUAUUUAUUGCUUUUUUUUUCCUCCUCCUUUUUACAAGUAAGGAUGACUCAGCAACAUUUACGUGUAAGAGGAACGAUUAGACUUCAGAAUGCAUUCUUGGCUUUCAUUUUUAAGGAGUGACAUUACAAGAUGAUUGGAUAGCCUGUAUCCCCAAAGUCACUGCUCUUUAAACAUUUUGAUUUUUUUUUUAAUAGGAAAAUAUUUUAAAAUACAUUCUGUAAGUUAUUCUGUAUAUCCAUAUUUUUACUGGAAUGUACUGAUCAAAAAAUAUGUUGUGCUCUGAGUUGAUACAUGAAUUAAAUGAGUUUGUCCUUCAGUA